AUGGAUAGGUCGCUGGCGACCUUGUUACGGUCGUUGCAAACGUCCGAAUAUACCGAAGAUGCUCUCAGACUAUUACCAACUGCUACGAACCUCCUGUCCAGGUUAUCCAACCCUCUCAAUAUCACCCUGCUGACGUCGCAUCUCCUGUCACACGAUGCUCUCUUUCCCCAACCUAUCGAGAUUAGCCCAUCUCGCCAGAUAUUCUCCGUCUUCUAUACGGCGCUGCUGAGGUUGAUUGAAGACAAACAGGAUCCUGCUCGAGAACGACUUCGAAGUCAUUUGUCUGUGGAAGACUGGGUAAAGGCAGUCGUUAAAGGCGCAGAUGAACGGUCACCGCGAUGGAGACACACACUGCUGCUGGGUGGCAUACUGCUCGCAUUCCAAUCGAGACAAUUUGAAGAGCUCCGGCCAGACCUGCGGAACAAGCUGGAGGCAGCUUUGGUAACGGCUACAAAUCUUGCUCUUCAACAGAAAGAUGCAGAAGUGAAUUGCGAAUUGAGCGUCAUUUUUGUGGUGAACCACACGUUUCCCAUCCUUUCCGAUUUCCAUCAGUCGCAACUUCAGUAUGAUCUUCUACUACCUUUACUGAUUGACGCAACGUAUUUUUCAAAAGAGGGUCUUGAGCAUGGGUAUUGGGUCGGAGCAAUCGACAAUGACAUUCGCCAAUCUUCACCCCAGAAGUUCAAUUGGCCGUCGGCCUCGAUUUCGUUCAAAAAGCUGGCGGAAAUCAAGAAACGGAGUCUUUUAACAGCGCUGGGGUCGCUCUCGCGCUUGACUGCUCAUUGUAUCGACAAUGUCCAUGAUCGGAUGCUGAUAGUCCAUUGUACGAACAGAAUUGGAGACUUCGCACGGACAUUGGCAACAGCUUGGAGGCAGAACAAGUUGUCAGAAAUCGACACCAGAGAAGAAGCACUGUACCUGGAUCAGGAAACCAUUAGCGCAACAUUGCCGGCCCUUCUUCAAUUACUCCGAGACACGAUGUUUGCAGCCGUCAUCACUCUGCGAUCUGUCCUUGGACGUCUUCUCUGCGACCCUAUAUUGGGUGCAGACAAUAUUGCCCCAGGACUGGCCAUGCAGACAUUACACAUUCUACGAGACACAUAUUUCAUCGCCCAUCGGUUUGGACUGGUCUCCUCUUCUCAGUAUACUUUUGUCAAUUUCACGGCUAUCGAUGUCUUGAGUCGAUAUCAACCACAAUCAGAAAACCUUUUGGAGACAAUCCGACCCGCGGAACUGGGACGAAUUCCUGCUCAUCCCCUUGACAGAAUGCGCGAUCUCUUCUUCCUCAAUACUGCGGAGCACUUUACACUUACUGUUUCAUCAAGGAUGAGCCAGGAGCUGUUAUUCAACGCGGCAGCGCCAUAUGUUGAUCCUCGUGGUGACCCACGGUUGGGAGAAAUCCUCGAAGCAGCCCAUAGUGUCAUGCUUGCCAUUCUAGCGGCACCUCAAAAUGGGGAAGUGGCAACAAAGAAUGUUCCCUUCUACGUGGAGACAUUGCUCCAGAGCUUUCCGAUGCCAUUGACAGCUCGACAGUUCAGACUCGCCAUCAAAUCUAUUGUACGAUUGGCAGCACCACCUUCUCCCAUUGCAGUAUCCAUGCCGUUGAUGCAAGCGAUUAUUCUUGACCUAUUGAGAGAACGUAUGGAACAAGCCUCCGAAGAUCUGCUGCCGCCCAAUCCCGACCUAUCUCUUGAGAGCCAACAACCCUUAUCUGAAAGAGCCAAUCUUCUUCUAGCAAUCAUUGACUGUCUGAGUUCAUUACCUGUUCCGCUAUUGGAAGAGUGGCUUCCUUUGACAGCCGAGCUUUUACAGAAAGUGAAAAAUCCAUCACAAAAACAACAAUGCCAACAGUGUUUGUGGGCGGCUUUGAGUGAUGGUGAAAUGGAUGUAGAUCGCGCUGCAACCUGCGUGGCUUGGUGGACCUCACGAGGCGGCAGGGAGCAUGUCAUGCUCGGGGAGCAACCAGAAGAGCAGGACUACAUGAUGAGUGGUGCCCUGCGGUUUGACAAUAAACUAUAA